AUGCAGUUUGUUAGGCAUUUAGAAAUUCAUCAAGAGGAGGAGACCCAUCCAGAAGCCCCCGCUCAGCAUCCAGAGGCCCCCACUCAGCAUCCAGAGGCCCCCGCUCAGCAUCCAGAGGCCCCCGCUCAGCAUCCAGAGGCCCCCGCGCCUCAUCCAGAGGCCCCGGUUCAGCAUGCAGAGGCCCCCACACAGCAUGCAGCACAAAAGAGAGUCACAUGGAGCAUAGUGUACUUGGGGAUGAUGGUGGGGGCGUUCUUCUGGGGCGGCCUGUCGGACAGAGCGGGCCGCAGACAGAUCCUGCUCAUAUCUCUGUCGGUCAACGGCUUCUUUGCCUUCUUGUCUUCCUUUGUCCAGGGGUACAGCAUGUUCCUCUUCUGCCGCAUGGUGUCUGGAUUCGGGAUUGGAGGAGCUGUGCCCAUAGUCUUCUCCUUCUUCGCUGAGGUACUGGCUCGAGAAAAACGAGGGGAACACCUGAGCUGGUUGUGUAUGUUCUGGAUGAUUGGAGGGAUCUAUGCUUCUGCCAUGGCCUGGGCUAUCAUCCCACACUACGGUCAGACUCUGGGAGGAGAAGGGUGA